AUGACGGUGGAAAGCGAGCUCGACUUGGGCCAGCUGCGCCGGCUGUUUGACGACCAGCUCAACACGGGCACCGUUCUCAAGACGUCGGAUAUCGACCACAAGGCCCUGAUGAACCUGAUGGCCCGGUACACCUCGAAUCGAGCGGACUGGGCAAAAUAUGCUUUUACAGACGACACGGUCGCAUACACCCGCAACGGCGUCGACAGCUUUGGCCCGAACGGGAACCUGUUGUUGCUCGUGUGGAACCCUGGCCGCUGGUCGGCUAUCCACGAUCACGCCGGGGCGCACUGCGUGAUGAAGAUCCUGGCUGGAGAGCUCACUGAAGAGGUGAUUGAGGAGUCGACUUUACGCACUACACAGAUCAACACAUACGUCGAGAACGAUGUCGCACAUAUAGAGGACAGCAUCGGGCUGCAUAGAAUCGCAAACCAGUCAAAUACUCCCGCUGUGAGCCUGCACUUGUACACUCCUCCAUACGCCGAGGUGUACGGGUGUAACGUUUUCGAGGACGGAAAGAAACAGCAUGUGGAGAUGAGUCUUUACAGCAACCAGGGCCAGCUGACGCGGUUGCCAGAGCACAGUGUCUCUUUGUUUGGGGACAACGAGCACGUCUUCGGUCGACUCGACGGUCUCGUUGGUGGUCUCUCCGACCAUCGACUCCAUGGACUCGUUGCCGGGUUGUUCCGCCAGGUCCGUGACGGACCCGUUGAAUUGAUCGUACUCGAGUUCAAGAUCGGAAAACAUGUUAUUAUUUAUUUAUUUCAAAUUAUUUUUUCGCGUUACACAGUGGUGCUUAGUGUCACGGUAGCAACGGUGACAGUCAAAGUUUGGGUGGUUGUUGGAGGGGUGUACGACGCAAAAGCGGACGGAGUGAACGACGUGACCGACGGGGUGGACGAGCUCGAGGAGCUGGACGUGGUGGAAGAGGACGACGAGGACGCGGACGUGGUGGAGCUCGAGCCUGUCGUGGACGUACUCGACGAAAGACUCUCCACAUUCGACGUCAUGACCAGGUCCCCUGUGAUGGUAGCUUUGGCGUUCUGCACGGUCUGGCUCGUCGAACUGCUAGAGCUGCUAGAGCUGCUGGAACUGGUCUCGGUGGUCUCACUCGUCUCACUCGUCUGGCUUGACGGACUGGCCUCGUCGGUCUGGCUCACCGCAACCUCGUACGACGUGGUGUAUGUCACUUGUCCAGUGAUGGUCUGGUCCGGAGAAUCGGUGCUGGUAUAA